AUAUCCUUUCGUUAAAAAAAAAAAGACUUGUGCGAUACUAAAGCGAAUUUGCCUGUGAAAAUUUCUCAUUUCGUAGUAAUAUUUCGUAUUCUUAUCAACAAACGGAAACUUCAUAUUCUAAGUUGAUAAAAUAAGUAGCAGCCAAAUUCUGUGAUCAAUUUAAUCGAUUAAUCUCACUCCCAAGAUUGAGACUUUGUGCCUAUGUUAAAAACCAGAAUACCAAAUGGAUCUCAGCAAGAAAGCUGUAUUAAUCCAAUGGUUGAACAAAUUAAAUCCUCACCUUGUCAUAGAAUCGCUCUCUGAUUUGAGAGAAGGAGAGCAGUUUAUUGCUUUAUUGAACAAAAUAAAAGCUACUUCUUAUGAUGUGAAUACAAAGAAAGAACGCUUUGAAAUUAUACAGAAGUUUAUUGAGGAUAAAUAUGAUUAUAAACUUGUUGAGCAAGUAAAUUUUGACAAAGAUAAUGAACUGGAUUUUGCCAAGAUUGCUGUUCUUGUGUUGGCAGCUGGGGUAAAAGGGGGACCUCAGGAAGAAUUCAUGAAGGCAGCACUCUCAUUGAAUGAGCAGUCACAAUUAGAGAUAAUGAGCAUCUUAAAGCAAGCCUUAAAUCUUCCUUUAUAUAAUUUUCAACUAGAUAAUCUCUUCACCCAUAAACAUUUGGAAAUCUUUGACUCAGAGAAUAAUGAACAUUCAGAGAUGCCUUGUCAUGACACUUCAUGGUCAUCAGACAAAAGUGCAAUUCAUGCAAACUAUGAAAUUAAAGAGAAAAAUAUACUUCUCAAGAAGUUGGACCAUGAACUGGAAUAUGAACGACAUCAUUGCUUUGAAUUGGAAUGUAAUCUCAAAGUAAACAAGAAGAUUAUUUCUUCAAAAGAUGACAAGAUCCAAGAACUGAACAACCAAAUUCGAGAUUUGAAGAAGUUGCAAGAUCAGUUAGAUGACUACCACAAUCUCAAAGAUGAAUAUGACAAACUAGAGGCUACUGCUACAAGGGUGAAAAGUCAGAGUGAUGAACUAAAAUCAUUGAAAUCAGAAAAUACUUUGUUAAUAAAUGAGAAUACCAAGUUAUAUGAAGAACUGAAUAAAAUGAAGGAGAUGAUUUCAAAUAAGCAGCAUAUUAUUGAGAAGCUGACAGAAGAUGCUGAACCCUUUUAUGCAAAAGAAUCAUAUUGGGAACAGACUGAAGCAAGAUACAAUUCAGAACUACAACAGCAAGUAAAGACUAAUCCAAUACACGUAGAACUUUCUAAUGUAAGAAUUGAGCUGGCAUUAAUAUUGAAGAAAAUGGUUAAUUUUGCACAGAACUUGGAAAGGAAUAAAAAAACUCAGAAUAAGAUGAAACUACCAAAACAAGAAGAGAUGCUGCUAGAUUAUGAAAAUAGUUUGCUUAAAAAACAAGAGUUGGAAUACCAACUUGAAAGUGAACAAAGGCUUUGUAAAAACUUGAGAGAAAAGAUAAAAGUGGGGUCUGAAGAAAAUCAAUCGCUUAUGAAACAAUUAAAACAACUCCAAAACCUUUAUAAUAGUUUGCAAAAGCGAAAUGAUAUGCUAAACAACAAGUGCAUCAAAACACAGAACCAGCUUAGUUUGAAAGAGAAGAAAUGUACUGAAUUUGAAAAGAAGCUUGCCAGAAUGGCAGUAGAAAAAUUGACUAUGGAAAAACGGUAUGUAAAUGAAUUGGAGCAACCUCGACAAACUUUGUCUCAAAAGUUGAAAGAAAAUAUUGAUCCAUUUGAAAAACAAAAUAAAGGAAUAAAAGCUGACCAAGAUGACAAUGAGAUGAAAAGAGACUUCACUUGCAUAAAUGAGCAAAUAAAAACUGGAAAAAAAGACAUUGAAAUGAGGAAGGUGAAGACUUCCAAGCAAAAAGUUUUCAAAAUACAAAAUGCCUACAAAAAAAAGGUUACCAAGAGUAAAUCACUGGGAAAACAGAAAAAGAAUUUUCAAGAACAAAGGAAAGAGAAGCAAGUAAAAACUGAAAAGGAAUACAAUGAAAUUACGAAAGAGCUGAAGCAAUGCCUGAAUGAAAAAGAUGAGCAAGUGAAAUCUUCAAAACAACAAAUUUUAAAAAUACAAAAUGCCCAUAGACAAGAACUUACCAAGAAUAAAUCACUGGAAGAACAGAUAAAAGUUUUGAAACUUAAACAUGAAAAUAGGAUAGUCACUUUGAUAAAAUUAUUCCAGUCUCAUAUAAAUCAGUUGAAAUUUGAUCAUGAUAUGGUGUUUAGCAGAAUAAAAACUGAUUACAAUAAUUACAAGAGAAAAGUGAAUGAGAUGUCAAAAGUUGCUUAUGCAGAUCACAAAGAAAUGGUGAAUCAACUGACCAAAUAUAUGAUUGAGAAUGAUAAGGAAUCAAAAACUUCCAAGCAAGAAAUAGUUAAAAUACAGAGUGCCUAUGAAGAAAAGAGUACUGAAUGUAAAUCUUUGGAGAAAGAGAUAGAGGUGUUGAAAGAUUGCCACUCCCGAGAAUUAGCCUCUUCACAAUCCCAAUGUGAAGAACUUCAACAGGCCUUACGUGAAACCAUAAGUAACUGUGAGAAAAUUCUGUCUGACAAAAAAAUGUUGAUGAUGCUAUUUGAGUAUGAACAGAUGUCUGAAAAGAAAAUUUAUGAAGAGGAGAUCAACGAACUAAACAGAAUUAUAAAUGAAGUCAGAAACGAGUGUCAACAGUGGAAAAAGGCAAGCACAGAACUCACUAAACUUGAAAUAGCAACAUCUCGAGAGUUAGAGGUACUUAAAAAGAAGCAUGAAAAUCUAUGUUCUAAGAUUGAAAGUCUCAAGAAAGAACUGAAGACAACCAAAGAAGAGAAGGGAGUUGUUAUUGGUAAACUCCAGGACUAUGAAAUAUUUAAUCUGCUGUUUACAGCAAUGUGCUGUUCCUUAUUUAUGGUGCCCUUUGUAGGACUGACUGACAGUGUCUGAUAAUUAAUGUCCUUUCCAUGAAUGUAAUACUGUACAAGUGACAGGAUCAAAACCACCAAUCUAUGGAUAGUUCUCUGUUGGUUGUGGCAUAUUGUUUACAUGUGAAGAUGGAUCUAACAUUUGUAUCCAAAGUUAAUUCAUUGAAAUUAAACUGAGCUCCUGCCUGUCUUCACUCAAGCAAAAACCUCAACUUGACAGAAAUCCCUUGAAAACAAGAAAUUUCAGAUAGACAACUCUUUGAAUUGAGAAUCUUUGAGUGUACUUGAUGCUGUGACCUGGGCCACACUUGUGUCUAAGGAUUCUAAUGCCGAUGAUUCUAAUGCCGAUGAAUCAGUCAAACCUGAUACAAAAGUGUUGUUCAUUUUUGUCUUGGUUCCUGAAGAUUUAUUAAUCCAGUCAACUCUCUCUCUCUCUCUCUCUGUUGUUUUCUUGGGAAUUAAUGCUCCCCAAAACAAUUAUUUUGUUUUUAAAUAUAAAUAAACUCUAUUCAAAUUCAGGUA